AUGGCUGCUAAAGACAGGCUUGAUGGAGACUUUGAACAGCGCUCCAGCCAAGAAGUUGUCAUGGAUUCGCCGCAGGCCAAAGAAAUUACGGGCGUUGACGAAGUAAAAGGGCACGAGAAUGCCGAAGUCAGCCCGCUCCCAAAAGAGCCAUUGACUUCUGAAGCUUUCAUCGGCAUAGAUGACGCGCAAGAUAAGAGCUCAAACAAGAGCAAUGUCCCUGUCGAACAAGAUCAAUACCCCCCGUCCUUGCGCAACAGCCAAGAACAAGCCUCCCAGUCCAAGUCUGUCUCAUCCGUGGACACCGCAAGAAAGAAAGCUCUGGAGCUGGCUUCGAAAUGGAAAAUCCCAUCCGAGGCCAUUCAAGACCAGGAUCGAGCAACACCUGAGGCCAAGGACUCGAUUUCGUGUUGGAGCAUCAGCGCCCUGGGAGAAGAACCCGUCACGCCCCCGGUCGCAAUUUCUCCGAGACAAGAUGAGUCCGAGAACCUGAACAAUGAUGGGCCUUCUGAAAAAGUCGAAGAGUUGAAUUCUGCGGACAAGCCGCGUUCACUGACCGUCGCUGCCUGGGUCAUGGACACCGAACAAGCGCCAUUGCCGAACCUCGUUAUUCCAAAGGCGGCCAAUGCUUCGGCUCACUGCUGCGCCAUUGACCCUGAGACCGGUGCAUUCCUCCCAGCUAUUGAGCAUCCAGAAACGAGGUUGAAUCAUGAGUUGGAGGUCCAGUCAGAGCCUGGAUGGCACAGAGGUCACAUUACUUCAGAUAUGCAGAUCAUCAGGGAGUUGAAGGCCAGGGCGCGACUUGCGCAACGCCUAAAGGAAAGACUUCCUACGCCACUUGAAGUGGAAAGCCCUGCGCCGGACGAAGGAGAGACGACCUUCCCCAAGGCAGACUGUACGAUUCGGCCCGCGACAGAUGAUGACAUUGCCGGUAUUUCAGAAAUAAUUAACCUGGACCGACAAGCGAAUGAAGAGGCGCAUCGCAAAGCCCCGUCUGGGAUCAAGAGUUGGGAUAUCGUGAAGAUUUUCAACAAAUGCAGAAAGGAACAGCGACCAUUCCUCGUUGCCACGGGGGGUGAAGAUGACCUCUUGGACCGGUCAAAAUGGCCCGCGGGCGCUGACAAGGCGUUUCAAGAAUAUGUCAAGUACCGGAGCAACUCUUCAGGGCCGACAGCUACUAUUGUUGGUUUUGCUUUUGCGAUGCCGCGACAAGGACCAAGUCUCGAUGCGCAAGAAAUUCACGUUGAUCACUCUUGCUACGUUAAUCUCUGUGUUCAUCCCGCACACAGAAACAAGAAGUAUGCAACGGCACUCCUUGACAGGAUCCUGAUGUCUGUGUCUCCCAUCCACCGCAGUCUAAUCGAUUUUGAAUGGAAGUGCGAUGACCCGGCCGAGAUAUAUGAGCAGCCAGCCUCGAAUAAUGCCCAGCAGUACGCGCGCAUUUUUGUCGAAUAUCCUGAUGCUCACGACGAAGACCAGAGAUUGCGGUCCAGGAAGAAACUGCUGGAAAAGUUUGGAUUCUCACAGGUUGGUCAUUUGACUUGUCUGAGGAGCGAAUCUCGCGGAGGGAAGAGAUACUGGCUGGAUUUAUUUAUUUGGGAGCUCGAGGCCCAGUCCCUCGAAAAUGUUCGGUAG